UUAUAUAUUUUAUUUAAAUUAAAUUUUACAAUGCUGCCUUUAAUAGUGUCGUUGUUUUUAAUUACCUUUGCAUCGGGACAAAUAGCGCGCAAUGGAACAUGUAACUUUGGAAAUAUACUAGCCGUGAGAGAUUUGAAUGUGACUCAGUUAUCAGGCGAUUGGUAUCAAAUCAAACGUAUACCAAACGCACAAGAAUGUGGUACUUGUUCAACUACUAAGAUAUACGCAACGCAAGAUUCCUUCUCCAAUAUAACAAUAUCUAACAAGGAAAUAAAUGAGAAAAAAAUCAAAUAUAGAAACGGAACUAUUGUUGUACCGUAUGGAGUUAAAAAUACUGUCCAAGGUCAAUUUACUAUAACUUACGAAGAUAUAAUCUACAAUUCAAUUGUAUUGGCAACGAAUUACACCAACUACGCUGUGGUCUACAGUUGCAAAAAUAUUAAUAAUUCGUCAAAAAAUGUAUGGGCUUGGGUUCUAAGCAGAAAUUCAACAAUAAGUAAAAAUGAGGAAAAAUUUGUGCAAUCCAUUAUUAAUGGAAACGAAGACUUAAAGAACGUCGCUUGGACAAUUCCAGAUCAUUCUAAGAAAGCUUGCGAUCCGAAUUCUGGAAUAACAAUUGGACUAUCGCCGGUUUUGAUUCUAUUGGUAGUUGCUGUUACUGGAAAAGACAUAUUUUCUAAUAAACUUUAAUAUGUUUUAUAAAAUUAUGCUUUUAAUAAAUUGA